AAACUAUUCCCGGUCUGGAAAUCUGGCUGAGAAGCAACGUAAAAUAUGUAAUGAAACUGGACGACCAAAGAGGCCGUCAUAGGACCUGCGGGACCCAAUAAGAAGGCGCUCACCAAACUUGGGGAUCUUAAUCAGGACUUUCUCCAUCCGGCUCGGCUGGACUUACGGCUCCAGCAGUUGCAUCUCAUUUGCCCUGUCAGCGUGGUUGGGUCCAGGGUGCCAGAGAUCCUUCCUGGGAGCCCUCAGACACCCGAGCCCAGCUGAGGAACCCGCCUGUGUCGCCACCAUGGACAGGGCGGCCGAGCUCCUCUUCUACGUGAACGGCCGCAAGGUGAUAGAAAAAAAUGUUGAUCCUGAAACAAUGCUGUUACCAUAUCUGAGAAAGAAGCUCCGACUCACAGGAACUAAGUAUGGCUGUGGAGGGGGCGACUGUGGGGCCUGCACUGUGAUGAUAUCAAGAUAUAACCCCGUCACCAAGAAGAUAAGACAUUACCCAGCCAACGCCUGUCUGAUCCCCGUGUGCUCCGUGCACGGCGCUGCCAUCACAACGGUGGAAGGGAUAGGGAGCACCAAGACCAGGAUUCAUCCUGUUCAGGAGAGGAUCGCCAAGUGCCACGGCACCCAGUGCGGGUUCUGCACCCCCGGGAUGGUGAUGUCCAUGUACACGCUGCUCAGGAACCAUCCGGAUCCCACUCUGGAUCAGUUAACCGAUGCCCUUGGUGGUAACCUGUGCCGUUGCACUGGAUACAGGCCCAUAAUUGAUGCAUGCAAGACUUUCUGUAAUACUUCUGGCUGCUGCCAAAGGAAAGAAAAUGGGGUUUGCUGUUUGAACCAAGGGAUGAAUGGAUUACCAGAAGUUGAGGAAGGAGAUGAGACAAGUAAAAAACUUUUCUCAGAAGAAGAGUUUCUGCCAUUGGAUCCAACUCAGGAAUUGAUUUUUCCUCCUGAGCUAAUGAUAAUGGCUGAGAAACAACCACAAAGGACCAGAGUUUUUGGUGGUGAUAGAAUGACCUGGAUUUCCCCAGUGACCCUGAAGGACCUUCUAGAAGCUAAAGUCAAGUAUCCCCAGGCCCCCGUCAUCAUGGGGAACACCUCUACAGGGCCUGCAGUGAAGUUUAAAGGCGUCUUUCACGCAGUCGUCAUUUCUCCUGACAGAAUUGAAGAGCUGAAUGUUGUGAACUACACAUACAACGGGCUGACCUUAGGUGCCGGCCUCAGCCUGGCACAGGUGAAGGACAUCCUGGCUGAUGCAGUCCUGAAGCUCCCGGAGGAGAAGACACAGACGUACCAGGCCCUCCUGAAGCACUUGCGCACUCUGGCUGGAUCUCAGAUUAGGAACAUGGCUUCUUUAGGGGGCCACAUCGUGAGCAGACACCUAGAUUCCGAUCUAAACCCCAUCCUGGCUGUGGGCAACUGCACCCUCAACUUGCUCUCCAAGGAAGGAGGACGACAGAUUCCUUUAAAUGAGCAGUUUCUCAGGAAGUGCCCCAGUGCAGAUCUCAAGCCUGAAGAAAUCUUGAUCUCAGUGAACAUCCCCUACUCCAGGAAGUGGGAAUUUGUGUCAGCCUUCCGACAAGCCCAGAGGCAACAGAAUGCGCUUGCGAUUGUCAAUUCAGGAAUGAGAGUCUUUUUUGGAGAAGGGAGUGGCACCGUUAGAGAGUUAUCUAUCUCGUAUGGAGGUGUUGGUCCAACCACCAUCUGUGCAAAGAAUUCCUGCCAGAAGCUCAUCGGAAGGCCCUGGAAUGAAGAGAUGCUGGACGCAGCUUGCAGGCUGGUUCUGGAGGAAGUCUUCCUACCAGGUUCAGCUCCAGGUGGGAAGGUGGAGUUCAAGAGGACUCUUAUCGUCAGCUUCCUCUUCAAGUUCUACCUGGAAGUGUCACAGAUUUUAAAGAGAAUGGACCCCAUUCACUAUCCUAGCCUGGAAGACAAGUAUGAGAGUGCUUUAGAAGACCUUUAUUCUAGACAUCGCUGGAGUGCAGUUAACUACCAGAACGUAGACCCAAAGCAGCUUCCUCAAGACCCAAUUGGCCAUCCCAUCAUGCACCUGUCUGGUAUUAAGCAUGCCACGGGCGAAGCCAUCUACUGUGAUGACAUGCCCGCUGUGGAUAGAGAACUGUUCUUGGCUACUGUAACAAGUUCAAGAGCUCACGCUAAGAUUGUGUCUAUCGAUCUGUCAGAAGCGCUCAGCCUGCCAGGCGUGGUGGACGUCGUGACGGAGGAACAUCUUGAAGGCGUGAACUCCUUCUGCUUCUUGACCAAACCUGAGAAACUUCUGGGGUCGGAGGAGGUAUUUUGGGUGGGUCAGAUUGUCUGUGCCGUGAUUGCGGAGUCUGAGGUUCAGGCAAGGAGAGCUGCGAAGCUAGUGAAGAUUGUCUACCAAGAUUUGGAGCCCGUGAUCCUAACCAUUGAGGAAGCUAUCCAACACAACUCCUUCUUCGAGCCAGAAAGGAAACUGGAAUAUGGAAAUGUUGAUGAAGCAUUUAAAGUGGUUGAUCAAAUUAUUGAAGGUGAAAUACAUCUUGGAGGUCAGGAGCAUUUCUAUAUGGAAACCCAAAGCAUGCUUGCUGUCCCCAAAGGAGAGGAUCAAGAAAUGGAUAUCUAUGUGUCCACACAGUAUCCCAAAAGCAUACAGGACGUAGUGGCUUCGGUCUUGAAGCUCCCAGCUAACAAGGUCAUGUGUCACGUAAAGCGUGUUGGCGGGGCGUUCGGGGGGAAGACCUUCAGAACUGGCAUCAUGGCAGCCAUCACCGCAUUUGCAGCAAACAAACAUGGUCGUGCCGUCCGCUGCAUCCUGGAACGAGGAGAAGACAUGUUAAUAACUGCAGGCCGCCACCCUUACCUUGGAAAGUACAAAGCUGGAUUCAUGAAUGACGGCAGAAUCUUGGCCCUGGAGAUGGAGCAUUACAGCAAUGGAGGCGCCUCCCUGGAUGAGUCAUUAUUCGUCUUAGAAUGUGGAAUUCUGAAAAUGGAAAAUUGCUACAAGUUUCCCAACCUGCGCUGCCGAGGGCGGGCAUGCAGAACCAACCUUCCACCCAACACAGCUUUCCGUGGGUUCGGCUUCCCUCAGGCAGGACUGAUCACCGAAUCCUGCAUCACGGACGUUGCAGCCAAGUGUGGGCUGCCCCCUGAGAAGGUCCGGAUGAUAAACAUGUACAAGGAAAUAGAUCAGACACCCUACAAACAAGAGAUUAAUGCCAAGAACCUGACCCAGUGUUGGAAAGAAUGUAUGGCCAUGUCUUCCUACUCCCUGAGGAAAGCAGCCGUGGAGAAAUUCAACUCAGAGAAUUACUGGAAGAAGAAGGGGCUGGCCAUGGUUCCCGUGAAGUAUCCUGUUGGCUUUAACUCACGAGCUGCUGGUCAGGCUGCUGCCCUGGUUCACAUUUAUCUAGAUGGGUCUGUGCUGGUGACUCAUGGUGGAAUUGAAAUGGGGCAAGGGGUCCACACUAAAAUGAUUCAGGUGGCUAGUCGUGAAUUAGGGGUGCCACUGUCAGAUGUCCACCUGCGCGGAACAAGCACAGAAACCGUCCCUAACACAAACAUCUCCGGAGGUUCUUUGGUGGCGGAUCUCAAUGGGUUGGCGAUAAAGGAUGCUUGUCAAACUCUCCGGAAGCGCCUUGAGCCCAUCAUCAGCAAGAAUCCUCGAGGCACUUGGAAGGACUGGGCGCAGGCCGCCUUUGAUGAAAGCAUCAGUCUCUCAGCUACUGGAUACUUCAGGGGUUACGAGUCAUCCAUGAACUGGGAGACAGGCGAAGGCCAAAUGUUUGAAUACUUUGUUUUUGGGGCCGCCUGUUCUGAGGUUGAAAUAGACUGCCUGACAGGAGCUCACAAGAACAUCAGAACAGACAUUGUCAUGGAUAUUGGCCACAGUAUAAAUCCAGCCAUUGACAUAGGCCAGAUCGAAGGUGCAUUUGUUCAAGGCAUGGGACUUUAUACAAUCGAGGAGCUGAGUUACUCUCCUCAGGGUGUCCUAUACACUUGCGGUCCGGACCAGUAUAAAAUCCCCACCAUCUGUGACAUCCCCACAGAGUUCCACAUUUCUUUGUUGCCUCCAUCUCAAAACUUGAACACUCUGUAUUCAUCUAAGGGUAUGGGCGAGUCUGGGAUCUUCCUGGGGAGCUCGGUGUUUUUCGCCAUCCACGAUGCCGUGAGUGCAGCCCGGCGGGAGCGAGGCCUGUUGGGGCCGUUGAAGCUCAAUAGUCCACUGACCCCAGAGAAGAUCAGAAUGGCCUGUGAAGAUAAGUUCACAAAAAUGAUUCCAAGAGACAAACCUGGAUCCUAUGUUCCUUGGAAUAUUCCCAUAUGAGUCAAGUGCAAACUUCUGGAGGAAAUCGGGUGACUCUUCCAGUACGGCAGUCCAUCCGGUUUCUGUGCUCUCAGAUGCUAGGCCUGAAAGACAGAUUUUCACAGUUCAGAAAUCAUUUCACAGAGUAUUGCUUUUGUAUGAUGCUGAUUUUAAAUGUUCCAUUUAGAUUUUGAUAGAUAUGCUUAAGCAAUUUAGAAAUCAUAUUUUAAAUGCAUAAACACUAACUGGUUUCCUCUGGAAGAUAUUCGCCAUUACCCUGUCCCAUAAACCUAUCCAGCUGAAUGGAAGAGAAGACUUGUAUGUGAUUCACAGUUGGCUUGUCUCCACCAAUAGAAAUCAUAUUGUCUAGUGAAAAGCAACUUUCUAAAUAAUUUUAUUAGUAAUGUGAGCUUUAAAGGGUAUUCACUUUUUACUAUAUAUGCUUUUCUAUAUUUUAGUUUUCAAAAAUAUGCAUUAGCUUUGUAAUUUAAAACAAAUUAAUAAACAAAUGCAGUUAACACUUA